AUCAGGAACAUAUAUAAACCUUUGAAUGCAUCUAUUCGUUUCAAUAUCGGGCAACAAAUCUGCAAUCAAAGAUGCGUGUAUUCGCUUGUUUUAUAUUUGUCGUUCUGGCAUACGCCACUGAAGGAGCUCCAUCUCCUUCUACCAUAAGUGAGGAUGCUCCUAUCGACAUUAAGGAUGUUAGUGAUGCUCCCAUCGGAAAAUUUAAGUAUCAAGUUUCAUUAAGAGGAAGCGACGGCCACAUAUGCAGUGGAUCUAUUCUUGAUAAUUUUAAUGUGUUAACUUCAGCCGAAUGUGUUGUUAAUUUGAAGUGUUCACUAGAUGAAAUAACGGUCCAUGUCGGCACAAACUUAAUAAAAGGUACAGGAUACCGUCAUAACGUAGAGAGUAUUAUCGUCCACCAAAAUUACGACAAAUUAUUAUGCUCUAAUGACAUCGCCUUGAUUCACCUUAAGGAUCCUAUCCAACGCAACGUACUAGUGAAUCCGACAAGUCUUCCAAAAUUCAAUAAAAGCUUCGAAGGCAAGAAGUGCACAUUAUCCGGAUGGAUAAUUAAAUCAAAUGAAAACUUGCAACAAACUGAGUUGAUAGUUGAUAACCAAAAAGAAUGCGCGAAAAGUCACUGGGAACUGACAGACAGCCAUAUCUGCACUAUAGCUCAAAACAAAACGGAAGAUUCCCAGAAUGAUAUUGGUGCACCUUUGGUUGCUAAUGGAGUUCAAAUUGGAAUCGUUUCCUCCGCCUGUUCUUGUAAUCCUGGAGAUCCAGAUAUUUACACAAGGGUGACCAGUUUCCUGUCUUGGAUCGAUAGAGCUCCUCAUAUCGGCGGUAAGGAUGCUCCAAUUGGCAACUUUCCGCAUCAAGUGUCAUUGAGAUUCAAUGGCGGCCACAUGUGUGGUGGAUCUAUUCUUGAUAAAUAUAACAUAUUAACCGCAGCACGUUGUGUUAAAGUUUUCAAUCAAUAUGAUUUGGAUUAUCUAAAGAUCCAUGCUGGCACAAACUGGUUGGAUGUACCAGGAGCAGUUUAUGAUGUAGAAAGUGUAAGCGUCAACUCUCAAUAUAACGAGAAUUUAAUCAUUAAUGACGUCGCUUUAAUUCACCUUAAAAAUCCUAUCACGUACAACGUAUUAGUGCAACCGAUAAAUCUUGUGACAACCGAUAAAGAACUCGAAGGCAAGCCAUGCACAUUAUCUGGUUGGGGAAAUACUUCGCUUAAUGGAAGUACUUCAAAUAACAUGCAAGAAAUUGAGUUAACAGUUUAUCCACAAAAAGAUUGCAAGGCAGCACAACCGAAAGUGACAGAUAGCCAUAUCUGCACUUUGACUACAGAAGGAGAAGGAGCAUGCUACGGAGAUUUUGGUGGACCAUUGGUGGCCAAUGAAGUUCAAAUUGGAAUCGUUUCCUUUAGUACUUCCUGCGCGUUUGGAUUCCCAGACAUUUACACAAGAGUUUCCAGUUUCGUAACAUGGAUCACUGAACAUUUGAAGAAAUAAAAAACGUUAUUUAAUUUAUAAAAUAAUAUUUUUCAUGUCUAAAGUAGAAGAAUUAAAGAUGGAUUAUAUAUAGGAAUUCAAUAUAUUUGUGUAAUGUUUACUGUGAAAAAUCUUCAAAAACUUUAAAAUUUUGUCCAACUUCA